GUUUGUGAAACUCUUGUAUCUUCACUGCAAGAAUUUAUAUAGGUUAAAUUAAAUGUACAGCUCGAUGUUCAACUCUCAGCAUUACUCAGUGUGUCCAAAGAAAUGCGUAACCUUUCUGUGUAACAUUCCUUGAUGUGACAACAGAAUAUCAUCUUCGCAUGUGAACCGAGCCAUCGAAAUGCUCGCGACUCGAGAUUUAAUUUGAUAAACACGCGGUACAUACAGACCAAUAUAGACCAAACCACGUGGCUCGUUAUGUUCGCCAUGCUCACCACGUGCUCUAGAGCCGAGAGGUUACUAGUUUCAGACGAUACGACAAUACGACAUACAGCAAGAUAUUAAUUAUUUCCAAAAUUACUUAAAUAAAGAAAAGUAAUUCUGCCUAUUUAAAUAAAGGAAAGAAUAUUUCACAUUAUGACACUAUCACCGUCGUUAUGGACCACCGACUACACUACUUUAAUUUUUGAUUAUGUAACAGAAAACGUGACAUCACAAUUAACAAAUACUGUAACAGAAAAUGUGACACCACUAUUAAGGAACACUACAUAUAGAAAAAAUAAAAUAGAAGAAUACCAAGUCUGGAAUACUGAAUUUGUAAAUUAUUCGAUAUCGCACUGGCCUAAUUAUUUAUGGUUUGCUGCUGGUUUAGGAACUGGAAUAUUCAUAAUGUUAAUUAUAAAUUUCAUUUUAUAUUGCCAAGUCUGGUGUCCUAAUUUUCAUAUCUUAAGACGCAUUCGGAUCUUCUUUAGAAUCCUUUGGCACCGUUUCAUCGUUUGGUAUCGUCACGUUUGUCUUGGUAGAAACGAAUAUUUUAUUUCGACUCCCGAGCAAAAUAACAGAGUUAUCAAAGAACAACACGAAAUAAACUUCCAAUCGCUUCCGCGCGUCUCACUAUUGCGAUUCACAAAUCAGCCGCGAUUUUUACAACAGUCACAGCCAUAUUGUUCACGAUUGCUACAACUCAAUAAUCUCACAAAUCAAUCGCAAUCUUCAUCACAACAGUCACAAUGGAAUACUAGGUUGCCUACAGUCUCACGGCAAUCUUAUAUCCCACAGCAAUUACCAUCCAGUUCAGAUUCAAAUCGAUUAUUAGUUUCCCCAGUUAGAAACAGCCCUGCAACCAUCGAAAAUUCCCGAAUUACUGCAGUAAUACAUACAACUGCCAUAACAACCAUGAUUGCCACAUCAACUAUGGCGCCUGGACGAAUGACUUCUUUUGCUAUAUAGUAAAAAAUUUUGCGUUAAAUUUAAUUGGGACAUUUCAUAUAUUCCAAACGGU